AUGCUUACUCACCGUCCGAUGUUCUUUCGGUACGACCUCUCGCGGCCUGCACAUGUCUCUGAAUCAAUAUUCAAUGCGGAGGAUGACCCCGGUCUCCGAUGGCUGUACGGUGUCCCAGAUUGGCUGAUGGUCAUUCUGGCCCGCAUGAACAUGUUGCUCGAGGAUUAUGGAGGUUGCAUGGAUCCCGGUAUUGCAAAGGAACUAGAGGAAGAAAUUAGAAGCGAACGAACGAUUGUCGCUGCAAGCGUAGACCCGAGCAUGAGCAUGGGUCGUAUUGUGGUACAAGAGAGCUGGAGACUUGCAGCAUUGAUUUAUUUGUUCACGGCGCUAUGUGGGGCAGACUCGAAAGAUGCGCGCGUGACCAAGGUGCAUUCUAAGUUCAUGAAACUGUAUACUGGUGUCGAGGCUCGACGCAACCCAGACUCGUUUUUGGUGUUUCCGAUGCUGAUUUUAGGACUCCCGACUUCGCGCGCCGAAGAUCGUACGACUAUUCGGUCUCGAAUGCUCGGACUGCAAGAAUGUUCCAAGCCAAACACGUUUGGGAACGAGGUCGUCAGGAUCUUGGAUGAUAUCUGGUCGAGGGCGGAUGCCCGGGUUGGGCGAAUAGACCCGGCGAGUGCGGCAAGCCACUCGGGCGGAGAUACGAGCAGUGCAGGCGGGAGCGGGCGUACCGUUCGAGGCAGCUCAGAGGCAAGGAGUAGUGCGAGCGGAAGUAGUGGGGCUGAAGCAAGGACGGGCAGUGGACCGGUGGGUCCGUCCGGUUGUCGCCGCUGUGUCCAGGCAGGAAUCGAGUGCGAGGGAUACACGGCCGGGAGAACCCAAAAGUCGAGACAUGGCAUCAGGAAGGUCGACACGAGUACGAAGAAUAAACCAGACUCGGUUCGUUACCAGUACUAUCCGUUUCCUCCUGAUCCGUCGACCAAAGCCGAUGGGCAAAUAAACAUAAAUCAGCUCUCUGGAGACGGGGUGGUUCCUGGUGUUGGUGCUGGUGUUGGUGCUGCUUCGCGAGCUGGAGAAGGAUCUAACGUCCCUGUGACUCAAGAUCGAGAACACGGGUUCUGCUAUCCGUGGCGCUCGGACUAUCUCGAACUCGUCCAGCAUACAGAUCGUCAGUUGCCCAGUUCCGGGAGCCCGCUUAGCUCGGUCAUUUCGAGUCAGCAAACGGCCGUGAAUGCAGGUGGUAGUGGGAUUCAUGUUGAAUAUGACGACCCCGUAUCCCCGGCUCUGGCCAGACUGCUUGAAGGAGGCUUCGACCUCCGGCUACAGGAAAGUGUUCCAAGCCCCCCUUUGGAGCUGGGCAGAUCUCAUAUGAUACAGCGCUGGGAUGCCUACUCACAAACGGUAUCCAGUGGACGUGAUCGAGUACUAGUGGAUCACGAUGAGCACCUGGACAGUUCGGAGGAUACCGAAAAUGACCUUCGAAGCGUAACCAAGGAACUAGUGCUUGACCGGAGAGUAGAGAGCAACACUUUACCGUUUGUUAUACAUUCGUUUGAGGCUUGGGCGAACCAGUUCUUCUUCGAGCCUGCUCAGAUCUUGCCAAGGGUCAGGGACAAGUUGCGUCUGUGGAUCAAGUGCGGAUCUCUCCGAGCAGCUGUGAUGUCUAGUGUUGGACUGGAUAUAUCGAGAUCGACAAAGUAUGAUUUGAGGGACUUCAGGAUCUGGGAGGCCAAGAUACUGGACAACACCUUACAGGCGCGAGCGCGACGGGUAACCGGACAAGAGGCGUUUCAGGCCUUGGAGCAUACCCACAAGUAUAUCACCACGCUCAGGAUAGUCGGAUCUCUUGCAAACGUGCUGAGCAUGAUCGAUCUGCUCGCACCCAUCUUCCGGCAAGCGUGUCCCGAGUCGAGUUGCGAGCUGGUCAACCUGCCUCGGGCACUGAUCAACGACGUGAAUAUCCAAUACUAUGUUACUAUGGAUGUCCUACAAAGCGUAAUUACAAGUCGCCCGAUGCAUUUUCGAUAUGACCUAGACUUUCUCUCUUGCCGGGAUGAAGAAACUUUGAACUCUGACGAUGGCCCGCGGUUCAAGCUGAGGUGGCUGUAUGGCAUACCAGAUCGGCUUGUGGUCACGUUCGCAAGGAUGAACACAUUACUGGAAGACUACGGGAACUGUGUCGAUCCGGAGAAAGUGCGAGAGGUCGAGAAUGAGAUUUCAGGUUGUAAACUUCCGGCUUGCUCUCAAACACGGUUCGGCUCGAACGAAAGCUUUGGUAGAGUGAUGGCCCAUGAGGUCUGGAAGCUCGCGGCAUAUGUGUAUCUUUACAUGGGACUAUGUGGGGCGGACUCGUAUAAUGCACGAGUGGUCAAGGUCCAGCAGGAGUUCAUGGGGAUUCUGAAACGUGUCGUACCCAGCAGGAACCCAGACUCGUUCAUGUAUGUUCCAAUGUUCAUCCUCGGCAUGGCAACCAAUAUGCCAGAUCAGGCCGCUCUCCUCACAAGACUGACAGGCGUGACGGAGUGCUCACGGGCUGGAACGAUGGGACAUGACAUCAGGGCAAUGAUGGUUGAUAUCUGGACGCAUACUACAGGUAGGGCGAUCAGGUGGUAUGAUCUUAGACCGGCGUGUUUGAGGGUAGUAAGGAUGUAA